AUGCGCAAACCAGCCCGGUUCUUCAGCCUGGCGAAGCCUUCAUGGAACAAGUAUAACAUGUACAACAUCUACCGCAAUGCCGCCAGAGAACCGGUGAUUAGGGGCACGCCUACAUUUUUCCAGCAGAAAUGGGCCGCGAAAUCGAGAGCUCGUGCGUACCACGGCGAGCACAUUCCCGAAAAGAAAUGGGUGCGCCUCUUCUCGCCGCGCCUCAUGUCGGCAGUCGACAUGCCUCCUGAAUAUCUGGCCGCGCAUGAUGGAUCUGAGCAGGCGGCCGGCCGCGGUUCGGGCCUGAGCACCUCUGAUGUCAACGCGGAAAGAUACUCGCGGGUGCCGGCACCGGAAUCUGCUAUCGACAACUCGACGCCCUCAUCACCCAACGAACUUAUUGGUAGACAAUAUCACGAAAUGACUCCAUACAUGCAAAUGACGUUUGCUCCUCUCGAGAGAAGGCUAGAUACGGCCAUCUUCCGCGCCAUGUUUGCAACGAGUGUGCGACAGGCACGCCAGUUUGUGCUGCACGGCGCAGUCAAGGUCAAUGGCAAAAAGUUGCUGCAUCCUUCGUAUCAAUUGAAUCCCGGCGACAUGUUCCAAGUCGAUAUCGAAAAGGUCAUGUAUGCCACGGGCGUACAAAAGUCCAGCAAGAUUCAGUGGCCUGGGCUGGAUUCUAAGCUCGCAACAAGACGUAAAAUAUCGGAGCGCAACCAGAUUGCCCAGGCCGAAAAGUAUGCGUCUGUUUCUGAGAGCCAAGAGGGCCAAGCCGAGGGAGAAGAGUCGGCUGAAGCUACUGCUGAAGCUACUACCGAAGCUGCUGCCGAUGGAGAAUCAGCUGCGGUGCCGGAGUUGUCCGAGGAAGCUCGACAGAAAUGGCAACGAAUGGAGUUGAAGACCUUUUUGCAACGUUGCAAGGACAUUUUAAAGUCAGAGGCUAGCAACCUCGCUGCAAAGGAAAAGCUGAGCCUGCGUCUGCUCCGAUCGGAUGCGAAGCGACUAUUGUCGCGCCCUCAGGACAGCGACCUAGAUGUUUCUGAGCUGAUGCAGGAGCUUCAGCUUGUGAUUAAGAACCACGAAGGUCUCGCAAAGCUGGAUACUCAGUCACAACCAGAAAAGGUGGAGGAACAAAAGUUUAGUCGCGAAAAGCAAUAUCGCCAGACUCUGGACGGCCUGUCGGAGGAGCAAAAGGAGAGAGCCAAGGAAAUCGUGGGCGACGCGCGGAUGACCAACGAGGAAAUGCGCAAACUCAAGGAACUAUUACUGGCGGACGAGGAGAAUCCCAUAGACGAGACAAAGCCGUACGCGACGCCGUGGGCACCUCGGCCGUUUAUGGCGGCAUUUGCAUUCAUCCCGAGAUACCUCGAGGUCAACCACGACAUUUGUGCGGCCGUUUAUCUCCGCCACCCAGUAGCGAGAAAGGGACGUGCCGAGGUGCCUACGCCGUUUAGCUACGUGACGAACCAGCUGGCUCACAACUGGUAUCUGCAGCGUGGACUUGGCACAUAUCCGCUCGCUCUCGCGUCGGCUGUUGUCUAG